UUUCACAAUCAUCUCUGAGAUUCGAUUCUGAGAAGAGAGGAAAAAGGAGUUUCUACCGUAUUGUUAAGGUUGUUCACACACUCACUCAUGCCUUCACACAGUAACCAGACUCCUGAAAAAGCUCUUAGAUGUUGUUUUGAAAAGGGCUUCUCGAGAAAAGGGUAUGCACUUUUCUCUCUAAAGAUUCCACUUUUCUGAUCUCUUUACCUUUUCCUUUCGUCCUUUUACUGUCCCUCGGGGUUCCUCAACUCUGCUAAUAAUAAUAAAACAAUUUUCCAAGCUUUCACCUCCUUCCAUUUCAAUUCCAAUGGAAAAUUCCUCAACUUUCUCUCUUUCCAAAAGGAACAGUGAUCUCUCUUUACCUGCAACAUAACUCUCAUCCUUUGCAAAAAGAAUGAGAAUGUUUCACUACAUCUCAAGCAUCCAAGUAUGACACUCUUUAAAGUUCUUCACCUUUCUUGUUAUCUCGCUCCUUAGAACCUUCAAGUGAGUAAGAUAUUUAUUUGUCUGUAACAUCCCCCACAACAAAAUUGACAGAGUUACACAUUCCCAAAGGUCAAAAUGUCAUCAAUGCCAAUGUAUCAUCAACGGCGACAAGAACAACAACCUCAAGGCACGGUGACACAGCAAUACUACAAUGAUGCUGCUUCACAACAUGGCUCUGUUGGUCCUGUUAUUGGAGUUCUCAUAGCAAUCAUUGUGUUGGGCAUUAUUGCUGUUAUGAUUGGAAGGCUUUGCUCAGGGAGAAGAAUCAUGGGGCAUGGAGAAUUUGAUAUAGAAAGCUGGGCAGAGAGGAAAUGCUCCACUUGUAUUGAUGGCAGAGUGAACCUGUCAGUGCCAAGGGCCAAUGAACCCAGCACCUCACUUCCUGCAACACCAAUCCACACUAGUGAAGAAAACAAGCAAGCAGAGCCAGAGCCAGAGCCAGAGCCAUCUUCAUCUCAGAACUCACCACCACCCAAUAGUUGAUUAUUGGUGUGUGGGUGGGUUCUUCAAACAAAAUCAUAACUCAUUUCAAUAUUUUGUCAUCCUCUUAUUUGUUAACUUUUUAAAACACCUAUUGAAUCACCCUUGUCAAGUUAUCAAAGUUGAGUUUCACCUCAAGAGGGUUUGUUUGGUUCACAAUUUUAGUUGAAAAUAAUUAAAUCUUGGUGUUAAAAUUAACUAUUUUUUUAAUGUAACUUCUGUUCGGA